CGGAGCAGCAGACAUGGCAGAAAGCUGCGGGUUAGACAUGUUCCAGUGCUCCAUCUGUCUGGAUGGACUGAACCACCCGGUGACCCUUCACUGUGGACACAACUACUGUCAGGAGUGUGUGAACACCUUCUGGGACCAGGACAACCAGAAGGGAGUUUACACAUGUCCCCAGUGUGUCCACUCCUUCAACCCAAGACCCGUCCUGGGCAAGAACAUAGUGCUGGCGGAUGCGAUGGGGAAAAUGUCAAAAGAAGCUGCUGCUGCUGCGGAGGGGGACGAGGUUGUCCCCGGGGACGUGGCGUGUGAUGUCUGCACCGUGAGGAAGCUGAAGGCUGUGAAGUCCUGCCUGGUGUGUCUGGCCUCCUACUGCUCCACCCACCUGCAGCCUCACUACCAGUCUGCAGCUUUCAAGAGGCACAAGCUGGUGGAGGUGUCCGUCUCCAUGCAAGACCAGAUCUGCCCCAAGCACGACAAGCUGCUGGAGGUCUUCUGCCGCAGCGACGGCCACUGCAUCUGUCUGCUGUGUGUGAUGGACGAGCACAGAAGCCAUGACACCGUCUCUGCUGCAGCGGAGAGGGAAGACAGACAGAAACAAUUUGGAAAGAAGAAACAGAGGUAUCAGCGGGGAAUUCAAGAGAAAGAGAAGAAGCUGCAGAAACUGAGAAAGAAGAUUGAUUCACUAAAGUGCUCUGGAGAUGCAGCGGUACAGGAGGCAGACAGGGUCUACACUGAAAUUGUCCGGACGGCGGAUAUGAAGCUGCGUGCUGUGAAGCAGAGGAUCAGAGUCGAGGAGAAAGCUGGGGUGAGCCGAGCCGGGGUCCUGGUGGAUCGGCUGGAGAGGGAGAUCUCUGAGCUGAGGAAGGGAGAGGAUUCACUGAAGCAGCUGUCGCUCACUGAGGAUCACAUUCAUUUCCUGCAGAGCUCCCAGCCCAUUUUCAACCUUCCAGAACCUGAUGAGUCUCCAGAUUACAACAUCCACCUCGACAGUUCUUUUGACUUUAUGAAAAAGGCCAUCUGUACUUUGAAAGAUCAAAUGGAAAACAUCACACAGGGUAUUGUCGAAAUAACUGAGACAAUUCAAGCUGAUCCGAUGAACAGAGAAGAGUUCCUCCUGUAUCUGUGCAGCCUCAGUUUGGAUCCCAACACAGCAUUUGAAAACCUAAUGCUUUCUGAUGGAAACCGCAAGGUAACCUGGAUUAAAAGGGCUCAGCACCGCCCCAACCAUCCAGAGAGAUUCACAGAAUAUGAUCAAGUGUUGUGCACUGAAGGUUUAUCUGGCGUGUGCUACUGGGAGGUCGAGUGGAAGGGGCCCAGGGUUGAGGUCGCUAUGUGCUACAAAGGGUCAGAGCUGCAAGAGAAUAGCUUUGGAUACACAGACCAGUCUUGGAGCAUUUCCCUCUCAACUUCUAGUUGCAGCUUCUGGCACAAUGAAGUCAAAACUAGGAUAUCUGUGCCCUGCUCCGUAACUGUAGGAGUGUAUCUGAACCACGAGGCCGGGAGCCUGUCCUUCUACAGCGUCUCUGAUUCUGGUCAAAUGAGGCUCCUUCACAGAGUUCAGACCACAUUCUCCAAGCCUCUGUACCCCGGGUUCAUGGUCUCCAGAGGUUCGUCUGUUCAAAUACGCGCACAAAAGUAAAGGGUUGCUUGAGGCAACUAUCUUUGAGAGUAUUUUCGUUUUGCUUCGUGCAGUUUUUUUGUGUCAGAACUAACUGUUGAAUAUUUCUCUAUUUCAUUUGCACAUUAUUCCAACUUUAAAUGUUUCCUCACUGAAUACGUGGUUUCAACAGAUCUACAGUUCAGCAUUACUCUUGAACUUGCUUUACCUGAGUUUAUUGUAUUUUUUUUACGUGCAAGGAAAAGAUGAUAGAAACGUAACAUGUUUAUUUUUUUAUGUUCUUUUGUUAAUCAUACACAUUUCUCUUCAAGUAUGACUCCAUUUCAAAUGUAAACCAAAAUAUAAAUAGUGGUCAAACGUUAAAU